AUGAAAUGCAAAAUAUAUGCAUUUUUAAUAUUGUUUAUACAAAUUGGAUAUGUAUAUUGUGCUGAUAAUGAAUCACAUACAUAUUCUGAAGGUAGUGAUGGUGGUGACAACGAUGAAAAUAAUUAUCAGGUAACAGAAAAUACUGGACAAUUUGGUCAAGAAGAAGAACCACUAGCUAUUAAAGAAGAACCAGAACAAGAAGAACCAACACAACCAACUUAUCAACCUAUUACACAAGAACCAGAACAGAUAGAACCUCUUGAUUUAUCAACAAACACCAGACACACUAUUCCACAACCACGACCGCAGCCUCCACCAAGUUAUCAACCACCUCAACCACCUUAUCAACCUACACAACCAUAUUAUCAACCUCCACCUUAUCCAUAUUAUGGACCAUAUCAGCCAAUACCUUAUCAAUAUUAUGGACCAUAUCGACCACAAUCUACUCCUAUACAACCUCCAUCUCAACGUACUCAAUCUAGACCACCUCAACCUACAAUUCAUAUUCCAGGUCAACCACCUAUUCCACAACCUAUACAACAUCCACAACGUCCACCUAUUCCACAACCUGUACCUAUUAGACAACCUAUGCCUAUACCACAACCUCAGUACCAACCAUAUGUACCAUAUGGACCUCAACCAACUCCACCAAUACCUAUACCAUAUCUGCCUAUACCACAAUAUCAACCACCUACACGUUAUCCACUACCACAACCAUAUACGAUACCAACUGGAGAAUCUGGAACUUCUUUGGGAAAACGAAAAGUAACUCAUAUUGAGCCUAGUAAAACUCAAAAGGCUGAAAGUAAAAAACGAAAAAGUGAUACAUGUGGUUUACAUAUUUUUUGUAAAAAAGAUGAUUCCGGUAAUUUAAUUCCAAUGAAUUACCGAGAUUACGAAAAGACACAUUCCGAUUCUUCCAGGAAAAAAUAUACAUUAAUGUCUGAACUUGAAAAAAUACUUUGUGACGGUGAGACAGUUUAUGUUCAUGAACCUGGAAAACCAUACGUAUCAACAAUAACAAAAAAUAUGCGAAGGAAGGAAUUUGUUUUAAAACGUGACAAUGAAUUAAUUGUAGUCAAUAAAGUUGAUGAAGACUGGAUAACAUCUGUAGUUGAAAUUCCAGAAAUUAUUGAAAGUUUCACAAAAGAUGAUGAUGGUAAUGAAGUUCCAAUACCUUUAGAUAAAUUUCAUAUCGAUCUCAGUCAUUUCAAAUCUUUUAAAUUCGCAUUUAUGUCAGAUAUAAAAUGUCAUAAGAUUAUAGUCAAAGGAGAUUUAGUUUGGGAAAAAACCGAAGGUGAUGAAGGAUAUCCAAUAGCUAUUAUAAUAACUACUAAAGAAAAUGUUGCAAUCUUUUUCAGUAAAAAAACUGCAGUAUAUAAAAGAAAAUAUGAAGGGUAUAAACUUUCAUACUUCGCAGAGAGAGGAAGACGUGUUAGAGAUAAAUGA